AGCCUCCGCGUCGUCGCGACGCUCUUCUCUCUUUCUCUCUCUUUCUCGUUCCUCUCGGCUCUCUCGCGUUCGUAACGCGUUCCGUCGAUUAUUCCAUUGGAAGAGACGCCGUUAUUAAUUUUCUCACGAUAAAUACAAGCAACACGAACUUGAUCGUUGAAAACGACCGCGAUAUAUGCGGAUAUAUAAGAAAUAAUAAUAAAAUAAGUACUCAUCUCUCACCAUCAUUCGAAAGUGUCUCCUUCGAUCCACACACAAGUAGAAAAGAAGGGUGAAAAGGAAAGCUAAAUCGUGAAGUUUUACUUAGACGUGAUCCAUCUUGGUGUUCCGAUGAAGUGAUCUAUCGAUUCUUGUCGUGGAACAUAUCAGUCCCUCAAGAUUCUUCGCCUCCAAAAGUCACGCACGAGCGUUUUUUCACCCUUUGCCUUCCGGAGCGUCGCGCACUCACUCAAGCCUUAUCGACACUCGUGGAUUUACUACUGCCGAAAGCUCGUCGACCCGUCCGCAAGUCCGUAUACGCGGUGGAUGCAAACUGCGAUGCAUCGCGCGGUAAGGGUGCAUUAUCAAAGGUCGAAGUCACGCAUCGCUUUUCAGAUGUGCAUGAACGACUCGUGAGUCACGAUUGGUCUUUCGAGUGCGUCAUCAGACGCGCUCAAACGCUCGCAAUCGUGCAGAUCCUCGAAGCUCUCGACGAUGAAGAAGCAGUGCUUAAAAAAACUGGUUGGCUAUCAGCGAGGCAGGUUCUCGAAAACUCGCGAUCGACAGGGAUGAAAGGUCACUCAGAAACGUACAAAGUACGCGUGCCUCGAACGAGACACGGGUGUCUCGUCUGGAGAUUCAGCACCGUCACGUGGGGAAAUAAGCGGUUAACCGAUGACAAUGGAACACAAACAGACAAUCUUGCUAGCACCAUCACUGAGCAACAGCAGCUGUUGGCGAGGCGGCACAUCCGAAGCUGCUUGGACAGGUCCAGGUCCUGGAGAACUGAUACGAGCUACGCUAAUAUUGCUGCUAAGUCUUGGUAUUCUGUGCGCCAAUCUUCUCGUGAUAUGCGUUAUCAAUAGCAGGCGAUAUAGCAAGUACAUACAUGCUCAGCCCAGAUAUCUGCUGACGAGUUUAGCGAGUAACGACUUAGCGAUUGGUCUUUUAGUGACGCCUUUCGGUUUCUUACCAGCUGUUUACGGAUGCUGGCCAUAUGGAGAAGUUGUCUGUCAAAUUCAGGCACUUCUUAGGGGCGCUUUGACUCAACAGAGUGCUGUUAUCCUCGUCUGUAUGGCAAUCGACCGUUACGUUUGCAUGUUACAUCCUCAUCGCUAUCACAAGCAUUCUUCUAAAAGGUAUUACAUGCGGCAGGGUUGUGUGGCAGUGAUGUCGACUACCUGGAUAGCGAGUGUGGCGAUCUUUGGGGUCCUCGUGCUCCCCAGAGGCGGUUACUACUUCAACGGAUCUGGCCUUCUUGCCUGCGAUCCCUUCUUCGCUAGGGCUUCCCUUAGGAUCCUGGCAUGUUGCUGUUUUUAUUUUCCGACAACGAUGGUGCUGAUGUACUGCUACGGCUCGGCCUUCCACGUUAACAAACUGCGCUUGAAAAGGGUAGUCUGCGUUAACACACCGGAAGUCGUUAGCGGCGGCCAUAUAGAGAGGCUUGUCGCCCACGAGAGACGAUUGUCAACUUCGGCCUCGCGAACAAUGGCUGCAAUGAGUUUAGGUUUCAUCGUUAUGGUCACACCGUGGACAAUUCAGGAAGUCGUUGUAGCCUGCACCGGAAGCAAGCCACCGCCGUUUCUUGACUUCUUGGCCACGUGGCUAGCUCUCUCUAACAGCUUUUGGAAUCCUUUCCUCUACUGGCUGCUCAACAAUCAUUUCCGCCGAAUUUCGCGGGAGUUUCUUUACACUAAGAUUCUGUGCAGAUCUAAGCCGUUAGGUACGAAGCAGCAUUGCUGCGCGACCAGCACCGGUGGCUUAGAUGUUUGCAGCAUUGCCGGUGUCGACCUAUCAGGUUUGGAGCGUUGCUCAAUGGAACAAUGCUCAAUGGCGCGUUGUUCUUCAUUAUCAUUAGCGAAUACACCGCCACCACUCCCUUGGGAGACCGGACACAUGGCACAUGGCGACGCAGCAUCCACGUGAGCCAAAGAUGCCGCCACGCAAACGGAGGAUUACGGAUCUCCGGACGACGCCAGUUAGUACAGCGUGGCGGCAAGCCGGCAACCAACUCUGUUCCAACAGUUCCGGGCACAAUAUUCGUCGUCUAUAUCUCUACAUCCGUGGGACGCAUCACCCUCGCUGGCACGAGGGAGAUUUUCGCGCGUCGCGACGAUCGGAUUAGGCCAGCAUCAUCGACACGGUCGACGGCAUUAUUUCGAAUAUGCAUACUUCAGGAGCCUACCAGAUCUCAUUCAGGAUCUAGAAUCGCGGUAAAACAUUAAUUGCGAAUCAUAUUCUCGAAUCAGGGUAUUACCUUUGUCACGUCGCGAUUCGCAUAAAAAAACCUUGAUCUCACCGCGCUCUCAUCAGCAUAUUAUAAUCGCGAACUCCACCCUCUGAGAUUGAGCAUACGUGAAGAGAGUGUCGACAGAGAGCGAUAGUUUUCGUCGUGCGACAAAAUCGAUUACGGAAAUUAAUUAUGGCACCGACGGGGAUACUAAUCGCACUGCUUUCGACGAUGUACAUGGAAAUAUUUAAUCACGAUGGAGCACUCUGCGAGUGUUAGCGUCAUUCGCGCCCGCAUUUGCCUCUUUCUCCACAAUUAAUUAUUAACGCGUGAGUGUUCAUACUACAAACGAUGCGCUCAGGCGUAUAAUUGAUCUUCCUUCCACGACUAACUUUUUCUUUACGAUUUUUCAGAAUACAAAAUGAUUGUUUGAAAGUACAGAAAGUCCUAAAUCCACAGUACUCUUUUCAACAGUUUUUGAUCAAUUUAGAACUGAAUCUUUCUUGAAAGAAAUUUUAUUUCCUUUUGAACAUCUUAUAAUGUAACAGAUCUGGCGAUACAGUUAUGGAUUAUAAAAUCACUUAGCAAAUAGAUAAAAUAAAAUUCAUGGAAAUGAAAGAUAUAUUUUAAAGUUUAAUUGUUUGCUCAAGAGCUCAUUAGGGUACAACCAAUAAUUACAUUAUAUCCACGUCAUAGACAUUAUUGUUAUGUAUAUAUUUCACGAAAAAAACCGACAAAGAGAUGAGGAGAGUGCAAAUAUUCGAAAAAUCACUGUUUUAAUAUUGCGGAGUUUUAUACUAUAAAUGAAUUAAUGGAACGCACGAUAAUGACAAUGUUCCUGCAUUUUCAAAAAUACAUUUAAUUCAAUUUUACGCUUUCUGUAGAAAAUCUCGUAUCGCUACUACGAACAAAUUAUCUACAAUGUUUCGUAAGAAAUUUGUUCCAAUGAUGGUAUUGUAAGACGAAUUAAUUACAUUACUUUUGUUUAGCAUAAUGCAGAUGGGACAAUACAGAAACAGUCUGGUAAAUUUAAUUAUGACAACUGAAUUAAUUAUGAUAUAGCUUUCUAUACAUUUCUACGGAAAAUACCAGCA